UUGAAAACCAAUAACACGUUGUUUGCUGUAGUCUCUGAGGCCCUAACACGACCCUGUGGAGACGUCGUUAUAAAUAUGUCUUUGUUCUAGGUAUUUUUCUCGGGGUCAGAUAUGUAAAAUGAGCAGAAUAAAGUUCGUGAAUAUGUGGAUAAGUCGAUGGUUCCGUCAGGACGCCGCGGUGAAAACACGAGCACCAUGUUUCCUGUUGAGUGGUAGAGAAUACGGAGAACACAGCUCCGUCUCAGAGCCGGACUCCACUGCCAGGAGGACAAGGCGGCCGAGAGCUGCAGAUAUCGCGGAAAGGCUUCGGCGUGAAAAAGAGGAACAGACAGCAGAGGUUCCAGUGUCUCCUGUGCAGAGAAGAGUUUCAGAACUGAAGCAGUUCACACAGCAGCUACAGUCUGUCCAUCCAAAUGUUUUUGCAAAAGCACUUUAUAGGAGUAUUUUAUACCAAGACCAACACCUGAUUGCCAUAAACAAGCCAUAUGGAGUGCCUGUUUACAAUACUGGAGGCAUCAGAAACAGCAUUGCAGAGAGCCUGCCAGUCUUGGCUAAAAUCAUUAGCAACAUGCAGGGAGGAUCUCAGUUGCACAUUUGUCACAGUCUGGGGAAAGACUCCACUGGAGUGCUGCUCCUGGCCAAGACAGAAGAGGCAUUUGAACGAGUACAGAGUCAAAUCAAAUUGCAUCAGAUGGAGAGGAAAUACAUGGUGGUCACUGUAGGCGUUCCUGUUCCUUCUGAGGGAGUGAUUGACAUCCCCAUCAUUGAGAAGGAGGUCACAGGGACCCAGCAUCAUUUUAAGAUGGGUCUAAGUCCACUCUACAGACUAACUGAGGAGGGCGAUGGAUUGACCAGAGUGAGGGCCCAUCGCCAAGCCCAUAGUGCUGUUACACAGUACAGAGUCCUGGACAGCAGUUCAGGCUGCAGCUUGGUUGAGCUCCAGCCAGUUACAGAAGUGAAACACCAGCUGCGGGUACACAUGGCACUGGCUCUAGCCUGCCCUAUUCUGGGAGAUCAUAAGUAUGCUCACUGGAACAAGCUGGCUCCCCAGAAGUUGCCGGAAGGCGUGCUGCGAAGGCUCGGUCUGGAGCAGAGCAAAACCCGAUACCUCCCUCUCCACCUCCAUGUCCGACAGAUUAUCUUGCCAGGGGUUAAGGGUCACUCUGACCUCAUCGUGUCCUGCCCACUUCCCAAAUACUUCACCACAACUCUGAAAAGACUGCAGAUACCAUUACCUGAGAAGACGUAAGAGAUAAGCACCACUUCAAACAUGAUUUGACCUGGACCAUUAGGGGUUUGUAAGAGCAAACCUACAGUAAUGUGAACACUUCAAAUGAAAAGACUUCAGAUAUAGACUUCAUUCUUCGUCCCAAUUCUAUACUAAACACAUCUGGUUUUCAGUAUGCCCUCACUGGCCACUUUGUCUCACUGUACACCUACCUGGUAUCUACACUCUUUGUCCAUGUUAUCAGGUCCAUUUAUCAUAGGAGCACUUUGUAGUUCUACAGUUAACGAUUGCAGUCCAUUUGUUUCUUUGCAUAAUUUUUCUGGAACCCCCUUAGGACCCCCACUGAGCAGGUGUUCUAUGGGUGGUGGAUCAUUCUCAGCACUGUAGUUACACUGAUAUGGUAGUGACAUGUUAGUAUGUGUUGUGCUGGUACAGGAGAAUCUCACUCAGCAGUAUUGCUGGAGUUUUUAAACACCACUUACUGUCAACUCUGUUGGACACACCUUUGUUGGUUCAUGUUGUUGAUCUAAAGUUAGAGACGACAGCUCAUCUGUUGCUGCACAGUUUGUGUUUGUUAUCCUCUAGUCCUUAAUCAGUGGUCAGCUUGGGGCCACAGGACACUGCUGCCUGAAUAUUUUUCUCAGUCCAGCAGUGAUAGAGUUGUUUGAAAACUCCAGCAACACUGCUGUGUAUGAUCCAUUUAGAUCACAAAAAACACUUAAAAUGUAAUUAGCACUGCAGUGCUGAGUACAAUCCACCACCCAAAUAGUACCAUAGUACCUAACCAUUGAUGAAUGGGCUAACAAAGCAUGCAGAGAAACAAAUGGACUACGAUCUGUAAGAGCACCUAUAUGGUAAGUGGAGCUAAUAAAAUGGACAGUGAGUGUAGAUACAAGGUAUCUAAUAAAGUGGCCAGUGACAGGGUAGUGUAUAUAGUUUAUGCCGAAGUGCCAGGGUUGGUCGAUUAUUAAGUAUGAUGUUGACACACAGUUAAGACCUUGACAAAACAUUUUGUUAAAAGUUGGUGGUAGUUCACAAGUAGCCUAAGGUUGCAGCUAAAUACAUGACUUCAUCCCUUCCUAUUAGUACAAUACUGUGAAGUAUGUUAAUAUUUUGUGUACUAGCCUGCAUCUCAAGAUUAGUACACAUUACAUACCUGAUCAAAUUAGUGUUUAGUAUACAACUGAGACGGAGCUAAGCUAAAACAAAAAAAAUAAAUAAAUAAAAACAACUGCGUCCUAAUAGUCUGGGGCUGCUUUAUACAUGGGUCCCAACGUCUUUACAGAGUUGUUGUUAUAUUUGUGUAAAUUAUAUUUGUCUAUCUACAAGUAUUUAAUAAAAACAGUAAACAGGC